AUGCGUCCAUUCUGCUCUACGCUCUGCGCUGUCUGGUUUGCCUCGCCCCUCAAGGCCGUGGAGCAUCAUGGGGCUUGUAGUUUUCUCUUGAAGGACAGACGCAUGCGUGGUCCGCAGCAGAAUGAACGAUGCUGCUCACCUGCCCUGGCCCCAGCCAAAGAAAAAGGCAAAGAGGAGAUCCUCUAUGGAGAUGAGGGUGGGGCGACGGAGAGCGGGGUCUUACCUGAGACAAGCCGCACACUUUCCUUGAAUCAGGUCAGGUACGCACUUUUGGCUUGGAACCAUCUCGUCUGCCAACGUGCUGCCGUUCUCAGCGAAUGGCAGAAGCGGGGAAGGCAGGCUGGCCUCCUCCGGACAAAAGGCGACAUUAUUCCCCAAGAGAAUCUCGCAGAAAUGAGAAUUGGUCCCUGCCCAGAUCAGAGGAACAGAGAUUGGCGACUUGGAUGCUGGGCCCUGCCUGCUAUCCUGAUUCUGGCAAAGCUGAGCCCUCUCCUUCUGUUCUUGCAGACAACCCACGGCUCCGAGACUGCGGUGAUGCCUGUUCCAGACCCCGGCUCUUUUCUGAUUGCAACCUCAGCACAUGGGGAGAAACAGUUUUACUUCUCCCUCCUGCUGUUUACACAUUUGCAAACUACCCCAACGCUGUCUAAAAAGCGCCCUCUUCCUCCCCCAGAUCUACGACUAGUCAGUGGGCGCAGCCGCUGUCAGGGGCGUGUGGAGAUCUUCUACAACAAUACCUGGGGCACGGUGUGUGACGACGACUGGGACAUCGUGGACGCCAACGUUGUGUGUCGUCAGCUGGGCUGCGGACGGGCAAUUGCCAUGCCGCCCACCCUCUUCUUUGGCCGGGGUCAGGGACCCAUAUUCCUCGAUAACGUGGACUGCACAGGGAAGGAAUCGGCCCUCAGUGAGUGCGGCAGCCGCGGGUGGGGCAUCCACAACUGCUACCACUAUGAGGACGUGGCUGUCACAUGUAACGAGCUGUUGCCUACCCAAGCCGCAAGAGCCCCGACUAGCAAAGCAGCCAAGAUCUUGCUGCAAAACGGGAAAAGAGAUGGGAGCGUUCGGCUGGUGAGGGGAGCUAAUUCCUGCCAAGGGCGUGUGGAGAUCUUUUACAAAGGGAACUGGGGCACGGUUUGUGACGACGACUGGGGGCUGAGUGACGCUGGCGUGGUGUGCAAGCAAAUGGGUUGCGGCCGUGCUGUGGACUACAAGACCAACGCUUACUUUGGCUAUGGCACGGGCCACAUCCUCCUGGACAAUGUGAACUGUGACGGACAUGAGCCGCACCUCUCAGCUUGUUACAGCCUCGGUUGGGGUAUCCACAACUGCGGCCAUCACGAGGAUGCCGGGGUCGUCUGCUCAGGACUGGGGUUGAUGACAACCACGCCAGCAACCACCUCGUUGCCCUCCAGCCACGAAAACACGUUCUCUGAAACAGCCCCAGUUACAGAGAGUCAAGAUCAGCCCUCUCCCGAGACUGUUAUGAUGACUACUGGCCUUCUCCUGCUGGAAGAAACAAGUGGCGGCCUCCGACUGGCAAAUGGAAACAGCAGCUGCCAGGGCCGGGUGGAAGUCUUGUUCAGAAACAUCUGGGGCACCGUUUGUGACGACGACUGGGAUUUCCCCAACGCCCAGGUGGUCUGCCGACAGGUGGGCUGCGGCUCAGCCCUGGCGGCCACCGUGCUGGGAUACUUUGGCUACGGCUCUGGACCCAUCCUUCUGGACAACGUGGAUUGUUCGGGCAAAGAAACCGAUUUGGCCGAGUGCUUUAACCUGGGCUGGGGACAGCAUAACUGCGGCCACCAUGAAGAUGCUGGCGUCAUAUGCAGAAGUGUAGAGGAGUCUGAAGAGCAGUUCCAAGAAGACGGGUUUGCCACCACCGCUACCACCACGACUCGUCCCAAGGAUGGUUUUCUACGUCUCGUCAACGGCAGCCACCGCUGCGAAGGCCGGGUGGAGAUGUUCUACCUGUCGCAGUGGGGCACGGUGUGUGAUGACGCUUGGGACCUCAAGGAUGUGAAGGUGGUGUGUCGGCAACUGGGCUGUGGGGGUGCCCUGGCUGCCUGGGGGGAAGCGAGGUACGGCCAAGGCAUGGGCUACAUUUUCCUCGACAACCUCAAGUGCAAAGGCCAUGAGUCGUCCCUCUUGCGCUGUUCCCACAUCCGCUGGAAUGUGCACAAUUGUGAUCACUCGGAAGAUGCCGGCGCCCUUUGUCACCUGCUAUGAUUCAUGGGAAGGUACAGCCACGGAUGUGUGGUCACCCCUGUUUCUGGAGGCCCAUGGAAACUGCAGAAUGUGACGAUGGGUACUGAGUUCAAUUCCUGUAGCUUUUUUCCUUCCCUUAUUUUUAAGCAAGUUGGCCCAUGAGCAAGUCACAGAUGCCAAAGCUUCUCUUAUUGUUGCUGUUGACUGUCCCAUCCGGGGCCUUUUGAGGUAUACUGUCUCUCAGUAAGGAAGUGCUAUUGAUCCACCAUGGAUCAUAGCCAUAGAUAGACCUCCCCUCCUCUACUAUUCAAAUGACUCAGCCAUGUACUCCCUGGAUGGUUUUACAAACCAACAUUUUCUCCUCCUCGCCUCAACAUCGGGCAUUGAAAAACAAACACACACUACUCUCAUUUAUAGAACUCUCCUUAUUUUUGGUGCUGGAUUCUGGACCCUUUUUGUAUAUAUAAAGCGUAUCUCCGUUCUGUGUAGGGAAUGAGUGCCUUUCGGCAGCCCAAUGUAAGCGAAGACAAUGGCAGGUUGAAAUCAGUAGAACAGCAAAGCAGCACUAAGGAAACCGGAGGAGUAGAGUCUCAGGCCCCUUCUGCACAUGCAGAAUAAUCCACUUUCAAUCCACUUUCUCAAUAGUUUGCAAGUGGAUUUUGCUACUUUGCACAGUAAAAUCCAGCUGCAAAGUGAGUUGCAAGUGCAUUAUUCUGCAGGUGCGGAAUGGACCACAGAGGUGCUCUGGAUGGAAAGAUAGACCAGUAGAAGUGUUUUUCAACAGUUAGCUGCCCAGGUCAGAGGUACAUAACCCUUUUGAUCCUGUAGGUUCCUUUGGAAUUUUGGCCCGGCAUGGUAGGCGCAGUAACAAAAUGGCUGCCGCCGGAGGCGGAGCCAGCUACAAAAUAAUUGCCAUAGCUAAAUGUUAGUAAUGCAGUGGCCUUUUCCACCAAAUAUGAAAUGGCUUAAGCCAUAAAUGUUUCCUGCAGGAGUUCCGCACAAUAUUUCCCCAAAUCCGUUUGUCAGAGUUUUAUUUCUGCGUCAAACUGUUUUAUUUGGAAACACUAAAACUAGAGAUCUUUUCCCCAAAAACAUUUGAAAAACGUUUCCAGCUUGCUGUGCAGAGUUCAGGAAACGUUUUAUUUUCUCCCAUCCAGUUUUGAAGCUAUUGCUUUUGCUUCUUGUGCUUGCCAUUUUCUGCCACUUCAGGGAUUCCCUGUGCUGUCUGCCAUUUUCCCCCGGUAAAGUGUCUUCAUGACGACGCAAAAUCUGUGCAUAUUGCUGAUUCACAUAUUGUGUCAUCAUAGCUUCAAAGAAACCUCACAUUAAAAAAAGGAACAAAUUAAAAAAGGAAAAAAAUGGCACAUUCUCAGAAUUGGCAGGCAAAACUGAAUGUAUUUGUGCACAGCAAUGACGGAAAUAUCAGGCACAAUGUCAGAUGUGGAAAAGUCCAUAGGAAUCCUCAGCAAAUGGCGGAGACAGCUUGGAGAGUUACUGCAGAUAAUGUUGGGCAUGUCUAAAUCAGAAGGAUUGGUUUCUGCUGAAACACUUCAUUUUCCCAUGCUUUGCAGACAAAAGAACAAGAAAACGGUUUUUUUCAAAAUGUUUUCAAAACAUUCUGCAAAUGUUUUAGACAUCAGUAGGCACCAUAGUGCCCACAGACUCCCCAUUGGCAACCCUUGGUCUAGACCAAUAUAAUAAAAGGCCCCUUGUAAAUAUAUGUGAUUUUGGGAGUGGGUUGAGGGGGAAAUAUGAGGAAAUGUUUAUAUAAUUCUUUUGUUAAUAAUAUAACGUGCGCAU